AUGUUCGACAAGCCAACCCACACAAUUUCACUGAUCGGGCAAACAGGCAGUGGUAAAUCAACACUUUUAGGUCAACUAUUGUAUCAGAUGGGAUAUAUUUUAGAUGAACAAUUAGAAGAAAUUUCAAAAACUGCCGAUAAAUUAGGAAAACCAAAUUGUAAAUAUUCCUUCCUGGUCAACUCAACCAGAAAGGAGAGGGAAUGUGCAUCAACAAGUCAAUUAUCAUUUAGACAAGUGGAAACUAAAAAUUAUUUCUGUAAUUUAAUUGACACACCAGAGCAAGUCUUUGUGAAAACAGUUAGUGAACUUUCAAAAAUCUUGAAAAGAACAGGAUCGUCUUCAGUAGAUAUCAUUCCAAUUUCUGCUUAUUGUGGAGAUAAUAUUGUGGAACUAUCUGAUAAAACACCAUGGUAUGAGGGUAAAUGUCUGUUGGAUGCUUUGAAUUCAUUGAAACCAACAGUAAAUAAUUUGGAACUAAGUUUAAGAAUUCCAAUUUUGGAUGUUAAAAAAAUAAGUGGAGUUGGAACAGUUGUUUAUGGAAAAGUUGUAGCAGGGAUACUAAAAAUGGAAUCAAAAAUAGUAUUGGCUAAUUCUAAUAUUGAAAAUGCAAGAAUUGCAUCUAUUGAAUCAUUUGGAAAGCGAUUGGAAGAAGCAAAAUCUGGUCAACUGGUGGCUAUCAACUUGCGUAAUGUCUUACACAGCUCAAUCAAAUCAGGAGAUGUAAUAUUAGAGGAAGGAAAAUCUACUGGUAUGGUAACUCGCUUCUUUGAAGCAAAUAUUUUAAACAUUGACCAUCCAAAAGGCAUUCAUCCAAAUUACCAACCUACAAUUCAAUUACAGGCUACUCAAGCUAAAUGUAAAUUGGUUACUAUUAAGGAAAGCUCUUGUCAUAGGAUUUUGAAGGAAUAUUUUCCCCCCUUUAUUAAGAGAAACUAUUUAGGAGUGGUUGAGUGUGAAUUAGACAAAGCUUGUUAUUUGGAUACGGAUGCAUUUUGUAGAUUUUUUAUUAGAGAUUUUAGGAAGGUGAUAGGAUUUGGCGCGAUUACUCGUGUUGGAGUUGAACAAAACUUUGCAUUUACAUUUGGUUUUGCUGCCCAAGUCAGAGCUUUCGGAUUGAACAAGGAUUUUAUUGAUACUCAAAUCAUAUAUGUGGAUUUUGAAGCUGGAAUGAUGAGAAUUGAUGCUGAGAUUUCCUUUGCUCCAAUUACAGACAUUCCAGUCUCUGUCAUUACCAAGUCCUCUGGUCACGGAACUGACUAUGUCAUUGAGGAAUUCUUUAACUGGAACCAUGGUUCAAAAGCCAUCCCCAUCAACAGAUAUGCCAUUAAAAAGCAAUAA